CGGUCCGAAGAGACGAAGUAUCAACAAAGUCUAUACUCUCUACUCGAGAUAAGUAUAUUCUCGUAUCUCGUGGUACUUGUGUUGUGCCUACGUAGUUCACGUUGAAUUUAGAAUACAUAAAAACUAAUUAUACACUUAUGAAAUUUCUCAUUAUUACUUUAUAAUUUAAGCAUAAAAUUUUUUCCUUGAGCUGUAACUGUUGGUUUAAUACUAUUUUGACUAACUUGCUAAUUUCGUACGAAUCUCAGGAAGCACGUUUCGCCAUAUGGCUAUUUCGAUAAGGAGUUUGUAAAACUUCUUUAUUAACACUAAUUUUGAAGGUGGAGUUGGAAGCUUCUUGCCGGUUAAACAUGGAAGCCCAGGAUGUUCCUGAAGCAUCUAAGGAGGAUCCCAGAUCUCUUAGUGAGUGGCCAACAUUGGGUGAAGUUCAUAUGAAUGAGAAGCAAGCAUCCAGUUCUGCUAAUACUGUUCCUGCAAAAACUUCUAAAGAACAGAGCCCAAAUGAUACUGGUGUAGAUGAUGAUUCUGCCAAAGAAAAUCAGGAAUCUGUGAAAUCAAAUACAGCUCCCCAAGCAAGGAAAAAAGGAUCUAAGCAAAAAUGGGUGCCAUUAGAUGUAGAAACAUUAAAAAGUGAUAAACGGAAGCUGACUCGCAAUGGAAAAGCUUUUGCGGGAAAGGAUGAUGGUACUUUCAACGGUGAACGGCGGAGGUCUGAAAGUGAUUCCAAGAAAUCUGAAAACAGGAAAGAUCGAAAUGGCAAUUCACGCCAGCGAGGUAAAAAGGGACGUGGGUAUUCUAGAGAUUGGAAUUCAAAGCGAAGGGGAUAUUCCCAAGAUGAAGCUUACUACCAGGACAUGAAUGGAUUUGUCCCAACAGAUAUGACCUAUUAUUCUUACUGUUCAUACUAUUGGAAUGGAUACCCAUUGUCUGAAGAAACACUAAAAGAUACUUUGAAAAAACAAAUAGAAUAUUAUUUUAGUGAAGAAAACUUGCAAAAAGAUUUCUUUAUGCGGAGAAGAAUGAAUUCAGAAGGGUUCAUACCUGUUGCUCUUAUUGCAAGUUUCCACCGUGUUCAAGCCCAAACCCAGGAUAUUACCAAAGUGCUUGAGGCUGUUAGCUCUAGUGAACUAUUGGAACUUAAAGAUUGCCCUGAAAAAGGUCCAUUGGUCAGAACUGUUAUUACUCCUGAAAAGUGGCCUAUUCAUGAUGCACUGUCAACUGAAUUCCAUAGUGAAAUUCCUGUUGUGAUUCCUGGAAAACAAUUUAAUAUUCCAGCUGAUGUUUCAGAGUCAACAGGAUCCAGUGCAAAAAGUGAGUCUCAGCAGAAGACUGGUGUAUUGCCCAAAAACGGCAACAGAAAGGAAUCAAGAUUCCGGACUAAAUCUUCUUCGACCAUGAAAGACAUAAAGGAAGAAAAUCCAAAGAUGUCUGAAAGUGAUGAACUUGAUUUUAAAUUUGAUGAAGAACUUAAAAACGAAGCUUUUGCAGAGACAAAAGAUAGGAAGGAAGACUCAGAUAAAAGUGGCUAUGAACUGAGUGAUCAAGAUGUUAAUAAACUUAUUAUUGUGACUCAAACAUCUGGAAGUCGAAAAAGUGACCGCAGUAAUAAAUCAAGCUUUCCCUCUUAUGUUAUGAGUCAAGAAAUGGCAUCUACUAUAAAUGAUGGUCUUCAUUAUUAUGAACAGGAUUUAAUUGGAAGGUACCAAACUGAUUUGGGUUAUCAAGGAGCUGGUUUGUACUAUGGGUCUAUGUCUUUACCAUCUCCAGGAAUGCACAUACCUAUGAAUGACCCCCAGAUGUCUGGGAAAUGGUCUUAUGCAAAUCAUACUCCUGCUUCAAGAUUUUAUCCUGUUGUGAGAACCAAUAGUUUUUCCAUGGAAACGCAGCGGCAAAGAUUUCAAAAAAUGCGGAGUAACAGCGAUGCCAUGGGACAACAUGUUGGAUGGGUGAUGGACAUAAAAGAACACCCCUCUCGUUCCCGGACGAAUUCUUCCAGUGAAAGCGUUUUAUCACCUAGUAGUUAUGGUAGUACUCCUCAACUUUUGCCCUCAUUUGAACAUCCAAGCCAUGCUUUAUUAAAAGAAAAUGGAUUUACUCAAAUAGAAUACCAAAAUUAUCGUAAACGAUGUUUAAAAGAAAGACAAGAUCUUGGCAUUGGUCAGUCUCAAGAAAUGAAUACUCUCUUUCGUUUUUGGUCAUUCUUCCUCAGAGACCAUUUUAAUCGUAAAAUGUAUAAUGAAUUUCGCAAAUUAGCUCAAGAAGAUGCAAAGAAUCACUACAGGUAUGGUUUGGAAUGUCUCUUCAGAUUUUUCAGUUAUGGGCUUGAAAAACAUUUUAGAGAAGACAUUUAUGAAGACUUUCAACAGGAAACCUUAAAAGAUUUACAGAAUGGUUAUUUAUAUGGAUUGGAAAAAUUUUGGGCGUUUUUGGAGUACUCAGGAAAAAAGGAUACCUUAAAUGUGGACCCAGUUCUUAAAGCAACCCUUCAAAGAUUUAAAACUGUGGAAGAUUUCAGGGCAUAUGAAUGUAGUUAUGCCACUGGUCCUACUGUGGAAAGACAUCGCAAUUUAUCUGAAUCUUCAGGGUCAAGACAGAAUAAAAACUUUGAUUCCAGAUCACGUAGAAAUACUAUAUCAGCUGCUGAUACAUCUCGCCGCCGAAAAGGCAGUGGUUCCAAAAAUGAUUCUAAAAAGAGUUCCAUUCAAAAUAAGCAACCUUCAUCUGAAACAAAAAAUGUAGUUUCUGAUACAGUCAUUGAUUCAUCUUCUGAAACUAAUAAACAAAUCAAAGAAGUUUCAGAAAGUGAAAAUUCCAUCAAUUCUUCAUCAGGAAAAUCCAGUGAUUCAUUAUCUAAUCCAGAAACCCUGUCAAAAGGCUCCCUAUCCUCUAAUGAUUCAAAUAACCCUGGCGUAAGUGAUCCAGAAUUGAACCAUACUGAUCCGACUGCUUCUGAAAGUGUAUCAGAUGUCACUGAAAAUAGUAUUGCAAAUGAAAACUCCAGUAGUCCUGCUACUGAAUCUGUGGCUGAUACAGAGUGUACUUCUGAUAUUUUGCCAAAAGAAAAAGAAAAUUCUACUUCUGAUUCAUCAGAGAUAAAUUCCAGUGAAUCAUUGUCCAAAAAAUCCAAUAGUCCUGAUAACACCAAAAUUCACGUGGAAUCAGAAGCUACAGUACCAAAGCUUGAAGAUGCAUCCCUUGAAGUCAAGGAGAAUUCCUCAAUUGAUAAUACUGAGGUAUUGAGCAGUACUAUUUCCAGCGCAAACCCCAAUGGAAACGAAAGUAAUGCUACCACAUCAGAAUCUUGUACUGUGAAUGAUUUAAAAGAAGAAAAGCACGACUAAAGAUUUUUUUUUUUUUUAUUAAGUAAGAUUAUUUUUGUUUCAAAUACCCUUUUUGGUAGUACUGACUUGUACAUAUAAAAUUAUAGGUGUAUGUACUUAUAAAAUUACAUGCUUACUUUCUCAUUUAUCUAUGUAAAAUGUUUCUUUAUUUUCAUUUCUAUGAUGCUAAUGAUACUGUAAUCUAUAAAGCCUUUAUGUGAAAUGGCUCAUUUUCUAUAUUAGUACAUUAAUCUAGCACAACAAUGAUGUAUGCAUACCAUUUGUAAUAAUUUGGUAUAGGUAUAUAUUUUUAAGUUUAUUAAUGGAAAUUUAAUGAAACAAUUUAUUUUGGUUAAUUUAAAUUCAGAACUACUUUUAAAUUUUUCUUUAACUCCUUGUACUUCCUUUGAUAUAUGCAAUUGAAAAAUAAUGUACAGAAUAGUGUACUCUUAAUUAUAUUAUGAAGCACCAUUUAAUGUAAUGAUUUUUAAUAGCAUGUAGUCGUAGAUUCAUUAUUUCUUUAAAUUCUAUUUCUGCCUUGAUCAUAAUUGCAUUUAUGAAACGUCACUUACUAUUUUGAAUUAAUUCAUAAUCAUUAGAGGACAGGCUUACCUCUGAUGAAUUCUCUUUUAAAGUCAUUCUUUAAGUAAACAAUGACUGAAUUCUAAUUGCUAUAAAAUUAUCACUUUUCCAUUCCUAACAUUUUAUUACUGAAUGGUCAAUAGUAUAACUUAAGUUUGCCUUUUUUCAGGUGGGUUUUCUUUCCCUUUUCUCUUCCCAAGAAUAAGUCCAGAUAUUUCUUCAUUUUUUCCCUCUGUUCCUGAGUUCAAGCUAUUACAAAUUUAAAGUGAUUUUGUGAUAAAGAUAUUUUUGUAUUGGGAACUGAGCUCUAGAAGUACACAAAAUUCGUUUGUGCCAUUUUCAAGUAAUAUUUGUGCCUUGUAUCUUUGUAUAAAAAAAAAAUCUCUGAAAAAGUGCAAACUCUCAGUUAAGAGUUAAAUUUCUCUUUGUAUUUGAUUAGUUAUAUUCAAUGUAAUAUAUGAUGUAUGUUUAAAAAUCUAAAUACAAGUAUUAUUUUAAUACUACUUUAUGUAAAAAGUGCGAUUUGCCUAGUAAAUUUCAGUUGAAAGAGGCAGUAUGUAUUGUAUUGAUUUUCCAAGAAUGAAAGGAAUUAUAUAGUUACUAUGCUGUGGUUUGUAUGAAAGUUUUCACGUAUACCUUUAUUUUAUACCGCAAGACAAGUCAUGCAAGAAAAAUGUUAUCUUGCAUCUAUAGAAAAUUUGUACAUUUGGUAGAUAUGUAUUUACUUUGUAUCAUCGUGAUACAAUAACGGUUUAUUGUCAAACAUUUUUUAUUUAAUGUUUAGUAAUUAAACAUUUCCUUUUGUGUAUGAUGUACUUAUUUUGAGUGAGUGCAGCUUUAUAUGUGAAAUACAUCUUGUUGGGAAAGUUAUAUUUUUCUAGUUACAUUUAAAUUCAUGUGACAAUGUAUAGAUUUUUAACUUGAUUGUGACAUAAAACACUGGCAUUUUCUUGGCCUUUUUGAAGAAAAACACCUAUCCUGUGUUUCCUAGUGUACUAGUUUUUCAGAGGAUUGACUAUCUAUGCAUUCAUUAUUAACGAUUUUCUCUCUGCGGGAAAUUUAACAUUUUCUACGUGACGUUAUAUUUAAAUUUUUUAGUAUUUAGAACUGGCGAAGAAAAUUGUUGAGUUAGUGUUUAAGCAAUGUAAAAAUGUCAGCAAUAUUUAUAAGAAAAAUAUUGAAAAAAAGCUCCAAAAUGUGAGCUAUAUAUAAAUGUCGUUGGAUUUGUAUCCCUUCAAGUGUUGUGAACUUGUGUCCUAUUAUUUGUGAAUUAUUUUUGAUAUUUCAUGUUUGUUAGCUUCUGAAAUACUCAAAAGCUAAGGAUGUAAAAAUUUCAGUUAUGUAGCUUUUUGAGUGUAAAUGUAUAAGCUGAUUUCUAUUUCUUUGAUUACAUCCAGUUUGGUGCUUUUUUAAAUGAAAAUUUUAUAAUAGUUUUGCUGCUGUAAACAAUAAGGUUCAGUGCCAAAUUGAAGUCAAUAAUUGCAAAGUUUGUUGAUUAUUUUUACAGUUAUUUCUAAGCAUUUUACUGACAGUUAGAAAUAUUCUGUGCUUCAGAUGCCUAUAAUGAAGUUUACAGUUCCUUUUUAAAAUUUAAAUUUCAGAAAAAUAUCAAUGUUUUAGUUCAAAUUUUCUGUUCAACAUUUUUAAUUCAUCUAAAUAUAUAUAUAUACUGAUAUGCAUUCUUAUCUUAUUUGCUUCCAUACCUGUUCUCCAACAAAUAUAAAACAUGAAAAUUGUAAAAUAUUUUUUAAGGAUGUAAAUACUAAAGUGAAACCGAUUCUUGGAAUAAUUUGUUCCUUCCAUGUUUUUUACCAAUCAUUAUGUCAUUACCUGUCAAAUAUAUAUAUAAAGCAAAAAGAUUAUUAAGUCUCAAACAUUAAAUAAUUGGUUCGCUCUAACUAUUAUCUUUAAUUGGAACAUUUUGGGAAUGUUAUUCCUUAAAAUAUUUUUAUCUCUAGUCAAUGUUCAUGAUCCAAUAAUUGCUUAACCCUAGUCUAUUGAAUUUCUUGUUUGAUUUGUUAAUGAUUGGUAAUAGUGUAAGAAAAAUAAAAUUGUGUGCUCUAAAAUGAGCAUAUGUUUCAAAAGAUAAUAAACUAUAGUCUUUAUUUUCUCUGGCAUUUAUUUUUGCAUUUCAUUCAGAAAAUUUCUAUCCUAUGUGAACAUGCUGUUUUUCCAAAAGCCAAGCAUGCAUUUUCAGAUAAUUCCGUUUUUUACUAGUGCCUUGAAGUUCGUCGAAUUCGCUAGAAUAUUUUAUAGAUAAUCUAAAAAUUAUGUUCAGUUUUUUCCACACUUUCGCUUAUGUGAAGAUAUUUGGAAAGGGGAGGGCAGUGUUUUAUAUUUAUUAGAUGUUAACAUAUGCGUAGCCUUCUCGAACUUUCUUGGUUCGGAUAUUUUAAGAUAUGCCGUAAAUAAGAAUUCAUUGUUAAAAUGUUUUUCAUUGUAAUUCGUUCUUUGUUGUUUUUCUUAUACCUUUAUUGGUUUUAAAUAAGUGCUCAACUUGUGGUUUGAAUACAAUUUGUUACACCUAAUACAUUAAUUUGUUGCGUGUAAUGCAAUAAUUUGUUAUACCUAAUGCAUUAAUUUGUUACAUGUAAUGAAAUAAUUUGUUACAACUAUGCAAUAAAUUUAUCUUGUACAAAGAGGUAUUCAAAUACAUAACCAUUUAAUUAUUCUAGCAAUAAUAUACUCAUUUUUCUUUGGUAAACGCCCAUUGUGUGCCAAAUUUAAGUUUCCUUUAACUUCAAAUCAGGCAUUAGAUGGAUAGUUGUAUUCAUUAAAUCUAUUUAAUGGUUACAAAAGCUUCUGAACAAUUUUCGGUCGACUAAUUAAGUUCUAAAAAAAUCCCCUUAAAUUUAAAAUCAUUUUGUUACAUUUUGUAAUUUCAUCUUGGUUUGUAGAAUGCAUGACUCAUGAUUCAAUAAAAUUCAUUGAGAUUGUAUGUUUUUGGAAUGGUACAUUACCUUUUCAAAAACAGGAGCUUUUCAUCUAGUGCCAUUUUCACUCAAUUUAAUUAUUCAAUAGCUCUCUUAAUUAGAGACUUGACAGAAUUUUGGGUUUUCCUCAGGGUCAUGAGCUAAAUUCUUAUCUUUCUUCAAGUAGCUAAAUUCUUUUUGUGAUGGGUUUAUAAAAUUUUUGCAGUAUAUUUGAGAUUUAAACGCUGUGAUCCCAGUGAACAGUUCAGUGUUUUAAGUAAAACUUAACUGUGAAAAUUUUGCAUGAUUCUAUGGCAAAUAUUCUUUUGUUGUCACAAUAUAGUCAUUCUUUACUUAAAAAUAUUUGUGUUUGUACAUAAUUUUUGUGAAUUACUUUGGAUUAUCUACAGAUUAAACUUCUAUUGUGUAUGUCAAAUGUACAUUUCAUUUUUGCUCAAGUGCAAGCAUUCGUGAAUAGUGUGAAUAGCUUUAAAGUUCUAAAAGUGCCUGUUUUCUGAUCUGAAAAUUUGUGUGAAGUGAUUAAAAAUGUACCUAUGUAUUGUAAAGGUGCAUCAAUAUGAUGCUUGUAUUGUGUAAUUAAGCUUUUUGCUACAUUUAUUACUGCUUGAUUGUUUCUGUUAUGAGGUUUGGGACAUUUGAUUAUUUCAUGUGUGUAUGUGUGUGUGCGGGCAAUAAAAAACAAUGAAAAUCA